AUGUGUUGCCCUGUCGAUGGGGACUUUGGCCGGCUUAAACAAAGCCUGGAGAACAGGGGUCUCUCAUGCGACUGCAUCUUAUGUCGUGCAGAGAACAAGUAUGGGAAGACUCGCUCAAGUCUCAUGUUUGAGGUCACUUCAUUCCUAGAAAGUCAUCCGGUCAAACAGAUCACAGCUCCAGCAGUCAACUAUGCCAUUCCUGCUGAUCUUGUUGAGGAGGCCGAGAAUUUCGAGAAGUCCCUGAAGGAGACUUAUCCUGCAAGAUUGUUCGCUACCUACGAUGGGGCUUCCAACAAGAUCAAUGGGAUGCUUCCCACAAUGGGUAUGGCUAGGAUCCAUGAGUGGCUCAUGAUCGCUUACUACCGCCAGCCUCAGCGGGCACUCGGGUACGCGGCGAAGAUGUUGACGGAUCACGGCUAUAGGGUUACCAUCAAGGCGGCUAACGGCAUUCUUACCCUUAGUGGCACCAACUGUAUUUUGAGCACGAAGGCUGUGAGGGCAAUACAAUAUAUCGAGCUCGUGUGCAUCAGGGCUAGCAAUAAGCCUCUUGCGCAAGCUGCCAGAGUCUUAGCUGAAGAGAUGUACACUACUUUCAUGGGUAGUAUGGCUGGUUACAAGGACUUUGAGGUCUGA